AUGCUUGCCAGGGGCCCAGCCUCCGGAAACCUGGUGGUGGCGCACAUCAUUGUCAUCACAUACUCCCGCCCACUCGCAGUUCUGGACAGGGGACCGACAAAAUCCAAAAUUAUUCAGGAGAAAGAUUCCCUGAAAGCAUUCCCGGCACGGUUCGGGUUCCCGUGGCUGUGCGCUCGCUCGCUCCAGGCAUUCCUGGCACGGUUGCUUGGGCUGGUUGGUCUCGGUACGGGCUCCCGCGACUGGCCGUGCACGCGCGUACGCGUUCCAGUGGCCCUUUACCGCUGCUUGCCGCGGACGUUUAGGGGGAAAGCGCCGAUGGGCCUGAUUGGGGACGGCCGGCCGCUGCUGGCGGCUCUCUUGGUCGUCGGAGUAGUGUCUGCAGGUAAUGACUGUUUGUGGUAUACCGAUAAACAAGGAAUAUGGCACAUUGGCUUUGACUGUUCGUUCUUUCAGUUUUGCUGUGGAAACUGCACAUACCGUUACUGCUGCCUGGAUCCAAUGCAGCAGAUUACAGAAAGACAACAGAAGUAUUGUGCAGCCACCAAUCUCAGCCCGACGAUUAUUGCUGGAAUUGCCUCUGCUCUCUUUCUAUUUAUUGUCAUCAUCGGGAUUAUUGUUUGCUGUUUCUUGUGUUCCUGCUGCUACCUGUAUCAACGGAGACACCAGCUAAGAGAGCAAUUCACAGGUCCAAGAGAGGUGGUUCACAGCUAUCCAAUGCAUCCAGCUUAUUAUCCCUCACCAGGAAUGCAGGCUCCAUAUCCAACUGCUCCAGCCUAUGGUGCUGCAGGCUCAGCCAGCGGUUUUCAAAGCUACCCACUGAACCUUGCUUACCCACCCAAUAUACCUCCCGGAUCGUAUCCUCCAUACCAGACAGCCCCAGCUUACAGUGCUACAACUGCUCCGCCACAGUCCUAAUUACAGCCAAUAGGAAGAGGGACUUCUGCGCUUUUUCUGAUGCGGUUUCCAUUCGUUCCAUGUGAGCAAUUAGCUGGCAACAGGCCUGUUCACGGACUCGUUUUCCAUGGACUCCUUUGUUUGCAGUGGAUUUCUAGAUUGACUGCAGUAACUUCCUGGAUUAACUGCCCCAGUUCCUUGAUUUAUCAUUGCCAAUUCAUUCACCGGGAGUCCUUAAUUGUCUGCUAAAAUCCCUGGUGUAUGGACGUUAUUCAGAUCAUGUCCUUCAUUAUUCUGCAUUACAAUAAGCUCAAAUUUUACUUGUGUGUCUUUACAUAAAUUAUUAAUUCAUA